AUGAGUUUAACAACGACGACGGCGAUACUAAUGACGAUAAUGUUGUGUUCAUCAUGGGCAGUAGUGGAAGGGCAGAUCAUAAGAACCGCCGACGUGACGGUGACCAACUUGCUGUACAGGCAUCACUACCUGACGAUGCAUUGCAAAUCGAAAGACGACGAUCUCGGGGUCAGAGUGCUCCCAAAGAGGGGAUCUUGGAGCUGGCAUUUCGUCCCGAAUUUUUGGGGCACGACGCUCUUCUUCUGCGCGUUCAAGUGGGAUACCAGCAACGGGCUACAUUGGUUCGACAUUUACGUCCAGAAGAGGGAUCAGGAUCGUUGUUCUGAUUGCAGGUGGAUCGUUACGCAGAGAGGACCUUGUUGGUACAACGCCACCUCCGGUGGUUACACGGUUUGUUACCCUUUUAACAACAACCUGGCUAGGUUAGGGUGA